AUGAAGAACUAUGAUGAUUCUUUNUGUUUGGGGUACCUAAUUUAAACCUCACACCUCUCCCUUUUUUGUUGUCUCUCUCAAUGUCAUCGUGCCUGUUCUGGGUCUAUCUCAGUCCCUCAGGUAGCAGGACAGGCCCAGGGGGCAGUUCCUCAAGACACACCGAAUCUGACAUCAUCAGCAAAAUCUGUUUUAAAAUAAUUUUUUUUUUUCUACUUUACUUUAUUUUACAAAUAUUCCAUCUAUAAUAUUUAGGUAAAGUUGAAAUUUCAAAAGUAUUCAUAAAUAUUAUUACUAGGUAUUGA